GUUUUCUCCAGGAUUGCUAGGAUUACCAACUUUGACUGGAGCUGUUUCUUGCGAGGUAUCUCCUACCCCCGUCGCCGCAAUAUUUUUUCAUCAUAUCAAGGGGAGUGCAGCGAUGAUCCCAUCCUCACCCCAAGCAUGGCACUUCUGCAACUGCAGGAGCAAAAUGGCGCCUUGAAGUAAGGUCUGUAAAAGACCUGACUCCUCCCACGGGCUAUACAUUUUCAGCCAGCAAGGUUGAUUACAGAAGGAAGAGCCAGUUCCUCUCGGAUUGGGGGUAGCCUGGAGGCUUUUAGGUCUGGAAAAAAUCUCGGGAGUUUCUGGAUGAUCCCAGAGGGAGAACUUUUCUUCAAGCAACUCAGCCCAAGGGAAGAGAUUUGCCGCCCACCUGCAUUUUAAGAGAUUAGAGAAAAGUAUGGAAAUGUAUUCUCACUCCAGGCUGGAUGGAACAAUAUAGUGGUCCUUAAUGGGUUCAAGGUGAUUAAGGAGGCUCUGGGGAAGAAAGCAGAGGACUUUAGUGAUCGACCAUCAUUGCCACUGCUUUGUAUGAUAGGCCAUAAAAGAAAUGCUGCAGGAUUACUCUUGGCAAAUUACAGUAAUAACUGGAAGCAGCAGAGAAAGUUCUGUAUGUCUGUACUGAAACACUUUGGGAUGGGGAAGAAAACACUUGAAAAGCGAAUACGUGAAGAAGCUGGAUAUUUGUGCUCCGAGCUCAGAUCCAAAAGAGGAUCUCCCUUUAACCCCGAGUACAUCAUGUUCAAUGCAGUCACUAAUAUCAUCUGCAUCCUAACAUUUGGGGAUCGCUUUGAAUACAAUGAUGAGAAGUUCCUGAAGCUUAUUCAUUUGGCUGAAAACCUCAUGAAGGCAAUGGCCAGAGUCAUACCCCAGGUUUUCUCUGCAGGAUCCUGGUUGGCCUAUAUUCCUGGACCUCACCAUAACGUUCUGAGACUCUUCAAAGAUUUUUGCGGCAUGUUAAGCGAGAUUGUGAGUGAACAUAAGAAAACCAGGGAUCCCACUUUGGCAAGAGAUGUGAUUGAUGAAUAUCUGGAGGAGAUAGAAAAGGACAAAGGGAAUCCAGAGACCAGCUUUAAUGAGCAAAACCUUAUUAAUGUGAUUUGCGAUCUGUUUUUGGCUGGCGCUGAAACCACAUCUAACACUCUCCUCUGGGGACUGUUUUACAUGGUCCUCCAUCCUGAGAUUCAGCAAAAGGUCCAGGAAGAAAUCGAUAACGUGAUUGGAAGGGCCAGACCACCCAUGAUGGAGGACCAGCAAAAGCUGCCUUAUACGAAUGCUGUGAUCCAUGAAAUUCAGCGUGCUGCUGAUAUUGCACCUAUUGCACUUCCACGUGCAACAUACCGAGAUACUGAAGUUGACAACUUUUACAUCCCUAAGGGAACCGUAAUCUUGACCAUGUUGACUACUGUGCUGAAGGAUGAAACCAUGUGGGAGAAGCCACAUCAAUUUUACCCAGAACACUUCCUGGAUGCAAAUGGACAGUUUGUCAAACAUGAGGCCUUCCUGCCCUUCUCAUUGGGUCUCCAUGUCUGCGCUGGAGAACAGUUGGCUAAAAUGGAGCUCUUCAUCUUCUUCAUCUCCCUUCUGCAGCAUUUCACGUUGUGCAUUCCUGAGAACUCACCCACGCCCAAGGAAGACAGGGUGUUUGCCCUAACAAUUCCUGCUCCAACUUUACAGAUUUGUGCCAUUCCUAGAUAAUGGAGCUCUUCUCACGAUCUGUGAGAAGAGCUCGCGGACGGUCUGCGGGGAAGGAGGUUUUAACUUACUUUGCCACCGUGUAGGCACCGGGAUCAGGUAUGAUCCCGGUGGUUCACACGAACAUGCAAAAAUGGGCUGGGCUCCCUCAGUGUCUCCUUCCCUGACAGCAGUUGCCAAGUCUGGGGGAGCCUAAGAGCUACCAGCACACAUAAACUUGGGGGAAAUUGUAGAAGCAGAUUAAUCAGUGUGUUGUGAAAACCAUAUAAACCUUGAAUACAAACUGCUGCUCAGACCAAAGAUAUGUUUUUGAAUUUGGAAUAGAAUCCACUCCCAGAGACAAGCAGAGAAACCUGGAGGUGAUCAUAGAACUGAUUUCCAUCUAGGGCUGCCAUAUUCUGGCUUUCCAAAUCUGGGUGCCUAAUUUGCAUAUUAUGUAAAUUGGCUUGAAAAUAAUUUUUGAGCAGAAUAGUGACUGCAGGUUUUGCUCCAUAACUCCAAGUUUGAAGCAAACUGCAAGUCGGUGAGCCAGUUCAGUGGAACCGAACAGCUAGGCCGGUCCAUUCGAUGAACCAGCUUGAAAUGGUUCAAAAUGGUUCAUGACUGAACCACUUGAACUGACCCCGUUCAUAGCAGUCCGGUUCGCAAUCGAACCGGUUCUGCACACCUAUUCCUGGUGGCCUGACUUUCCCCCCCACCUACUGCUCACUCUGCCACCGCGCCGCUCAUCUCAGCAUGGCGGAGUCCUGUUCAUGGCAGAGUCCUGUUCGGGCUCUGGAUGUGUGGUGGAAGGCAGAUAGUCUCAUACAUCCUCUACCAGUCAUAAGAACAUAAGAAAAGCCAUGCUGGAUCAGGCCUAAGGCCCAUCUAGUCCAGCAUCCUGUUUCACACAGUGGCCCACCAGAUGCCGCUGGAAGCCACAGACAGGAGUUGAGGGCAUGCCCUCUCUCUUGCUGUUACUCCCCUGCAACUGGUACUCAGAGGCAGCCUCCCUUUGAGGCUGAAGGUAGCCUAUAUCCCUCCAACUAGUAGCCUUUGAUAGACCUCUCCUCCAUGAAAUUAUCCAAGUCCCUCUUAAAGCCAUUCAGGUUGUUGGCUGUCACCACAUCUUGUGGCAGAGAAUUCCACAAAUGGAUUAUGCGUUGUGUGAAAAAAUACUUCCAUUUGCUGGUCCUAAAUUUCCCGGCAAUCAUUUCAUGGGAUGACCCUUGGGUCUAGUGUUAUAUGAAAAGCAGAAAAAAUAUCUCUAUCCACUUUCUCCACUCCAUGCAUGAUUUUUAUAGACCUCUAUCAUGUCUCCCCACAGUCGUCUUUUUUCUAAACUAAAUAGCCCCAAGUGUUGUAGCCUUGCCACAUAAGAAAGGUGCUCUAGGCCCCGAUGAUCUUGGUUGCCCUUUUCUGCACCUUUUCUAGUUCUACAAUGUUUUUUACAUGUGGUGACCAGAAUUGUACACAGUACUCCAGGUGUGGCCACACCAUAGUUUUGUUUAGGGGCAUUAUAAUAUUAGCAGUUUUAUUUUCAACCCCCUUCCUAAUUAUCCCUAGCAUGGAAUUGGGAAUCAUCAUCAUCAUCAUCAUCAUCAUCACAGAAAUCAUCAUCAGCCAAUUACAAAAAGCAUCUUUACUGGGAACAGCCUAUAUUCUGUGAGGAUAUCUAUAAUAACAGCAACAACAUUGAUAUUCAGCCAUCCCAGGUCCUUGGGAAGGACUCGAUGUCUGGAUAAAACAAACCAGUCAAUAACACCUGUCUGACUGUGUAAAUAAAUAAAUAAAUAAAUAAAUAAUAUUUUAGCAAAGAGGACAUCAAUUUCACAUUUACGUUCUUUGAGGACUCUUGGAUGGAUGCCGUCCGGCCCUGGCAAUUUGCUAGUUUUCAGUUUUUCCAGACAGUUUAGAACAUCAUCUCUUGUCACUGCUAUCUGACUCAGUUCUUUAGCCUCCAUCCCUAAAAAGCCUGUUUCAGGAACAGGUAUAUGCCCAGUAUCCUUUGCCGUGAAAACAGAUGCAAUGAACUCAUUUAGCUUCUCUGCAAUCUCCAUAUCCUCCUUAAUAAUCCCUUUCAAUUCCUCAUUAUCCAAAGGUCCAACUGCCUCCCUGGCAGGUUUCCUGCAUCUGAUGUAUUUAAAGAAGAUUUUGUUAUUCCCCUUGAUGCUUUUAGCGAAAUGUUCUUCAAACUCUUCCCCCCCACUCCCUUAUUGUCACCUUGCAUUUCUUUUGCCAGAGUUUGUGUUCCUUUCUGUUCUCCUCAUUUGGGCAGGCCUUCCAAUUUCAGAAGGAAGUCUUCUUCCCUUUUAUGGCUUCCUUGAUGGUACCUGUUAUCCACACUGACAUCCUCUUGGACUUAGUGGUACCUUUCCUCCUUUUGGGUAUACAAUCUAAAUGAGCUUCUAGUAUUGUGGUUUUGAGUAAACUCCAUGCAUUCUGGAGCGAAGUGACUCUCCUGAUUUUCCCUUUCAGCUUUCUUUUCACCAUACUCCUCAUUUUGGAGAAGUUUCCUCUUCUGAAAUUCAGACCCAUCUCUCUCUACCUCUCUCUAUCAAAUCACCCACUACAAGGAGGCCCCCACCCCCCAGAGGAGUAUCCCCUGUGCAAGAGGAUAUGGGCUCAUCAUCCAUGGAAGGGGUCCCUUUUAAAUGAGUGUUUCCCUCUUCCUCAGACCGAUGUCUGAAUUAGGGUGCUCUUCAGACAGAGCUACUCAACAGUUACUCUAAAGGACUUCUUAAUUCUAAUAGGACUAUUUAAGAGUAAUUUAGCCUUGUUGUCAUCCAAUAUUACUUACAAUAUUUCCAAACAAUUCGCAUGCUAAUUAUCCAUUUUUGUUUUCAAAAUGUAUUAUGUAUAUAUUCACAUAGUACUAGUAGAAACUAUAUUACCCUAUAUUUAAACCAUGAGAUAUUUUGAAUAAUGUCAACUCUAUGUCUCUCAGAACAUAUUAAAAAUAUACAUUCUAUAUGAA